ACGAAGGGGGAGUGAGCGUGUGAGAGAGGCAGAGAAGUGCAGUCGCUAUGACUCCCGCUGCCUUUCCAGUGCGAAACAUGUCGCUCCACAGCUGCCUCAAUGAAGCAAGGAGCUCAUUGUAAACUUCCCAGCAAAUCCAGGCAGGGCUGAGCGGAUCAUGUCUCUCUGGCUCCCAACCAGGAGAGAGAAGUACGGGGUUGCCAUCUACAACUAUAAUGCCUCUCAGGAGCCCGAGCUAUCCCUCCAGGUGGGAGACACCGUGCACAUUCUGGAAAUGCAUGAAGGUUGGUAUCGAGGGUAUAGUCUUCGGAACAAAUCGAAGAAGGGCAUCUUUCCUGCAAGCUACAUUCACUUAAAAGAGGCAAAAGUGGAAGGUGGAGGGCGGGAUGAGACGGUCAUUCCCAAUGAAGUCUCUCUGAUCCAAGAGCUCAGCAUGACCCUGAGAGAGUGGGCCAGCAUCUGGCACAAGCUGUACCUGAGCAGCAACAAAGUGAUGUUCCACCAUGUGCAGCAGAUGACAUACAAUCUGAUCGAGUGGCGAUCCCAGAUCCUGUCGGGCACUCUCCCCAAGGAUGAGCUGAUGGAGCUGAAGGGGAAAGUCAUUGCCAAGAUUGACUACGGAAACAGGAUCCUCGGGCUGGAUUUGGUCGUCAGGGAUGAAAACGGGAACAUCCUAGAUCCGAACCUCACCAGCACCAUCACCCUCUUCAAAGCCCACGAGGCCGUUUCAAAAGGGAUCGAUGAAAGGAUUCAGGAGGAGAAGUCUAGGACUCACAGUAUGGAGGUGAGGCGACAGUCGAUAUUCAGCGCCACUCACACGUACAGUCUGUACAUCAACCUGAAGAAUUUUGUCUGCAAUAUUGGGGAGGAUGCCGAGUUGCUCAUGUCCCUUUACGACCCUGUUCAGUCCGAGUUCAUCAGUGAAAACUACUUGGUGCGAUGGAGCAGGAUGGGAAUGCCAAAGGAGAUUGACAGACUGAACAAACUGGAGGCACUUUUCACAGACCUGAGCAGCAGCGAUCUGAUCCGCCUGAAAAUUAGCUUGGUCUGUCAGAUUGUCCGUGUGGGUCACAUGGAGCUGAAGGAAGGGAAGAAACAUACCUGUGGUCUCCGGCGUCCAUUCGGAGUUGCAGGUAGAGUUAUGGACAUCACCGACAUGAUUGGUGGCAGGAACGAUGAUGAGGAGAAGCAGCACUUUAUUCCUUUCCAGCAGAUUGCGAUGGAGACCUACAUACGCCAGAGACAGCUCAUCAUGUCGCCCUUGCUGACGUCACGGGUGAUCGGCGAGAAUGAGCCUCUCACGUCCGUCUUUAAUAAGGUCAUCGCAGCCAAGGAGGUCAAUCACAAGGGGCAAGGGCUAUGGGUCUCGAUGAAACUACUUCCCGGAGAUAUGAAGCAAGUGCACAAGGAUUUUCCCCACCUGGUUGACAGAUCCACGGCAGUGGCUCGGAAGAUGGGAUUCCCGGAAAUUGUCCUUCCUGGGGACAUUCGGAACGACAUCUACGUCACCCUGAUCCAGGGCGAGUUCGACAAGGGCAAGAAAAAGACGCCAAAGAACGUGGAGGUGACAAUGGCGGUGUACGAUGAGGAAGGCAAUCGGAUUGAGAAAGCCAUUUUCCCGGGAUCGGGCUAUCAGGGGAUAUCAGAAUACAAGUCCGUUGUCUAUUAUCAAGUAAAGCAGCCCUUCUGGUACGAAACAGUGAAGGUGGCGAUAGCAAUUGAGGACGUCCACCGGUGUCACCUUCGUUUCACCUUCCGGCACAGGUCCUCGCAGGAGUCCAAAGACAAGUCUGAGAAGUUAUUUGGAAUGGCGUUUGUGAAGUUAAUGAAGCCAGAUGGCACCACACUAUGUGAUGGGAAGCAUGAUUUACUCGUCUUCAAGGGAGACACAAAGAAAGCGGAAGACGCCAAGUGUUACCUCACACAACCUGGGACCAAGGAAGAGCAGGAAAUGAGAGAGAGUCAGUUUGGGAAAGGGAUUCAUCACUCCACCAGCUUAUCUAUCCUCAAGGACAGUUUUCAGAUCGCGACUCUUGUCUGUUCAACUAAACUCACUCAAAACGUUGACUUGCUGGGUCUGUUAAACUGGCGAUCCAGCCAUCAAAGCAUCGAGCAAAACCUCAAGCGGCUGAUGGAAGUGGACGGGAGCGAGAUUGUAAAGUUUUUACAGGACACGCUCGAUGCACUCUUCAACAUAAUGAUGGAGACCUCGGAAAGUGACACCUAUGACUUUUUGGUCUUCGAUGCCCUGGUUUUUAUCAUCUCCCUCAUUGGAGACAUCAAAUUUCAGCACUUUAAUCCAGUUUUGGAGACCUACAUCACCAACCACUUCAGUGCCACGCUGGCAUAUGUGAAACUGGCCAAAGUGUUGAACUACUAUGUGGCGAAGGCAGAAAACGCAGACAAAACGGAACUCCUUUUCUCUGCGCUGAAAGCGUUGAAAUACAUCUUCCGCUUCAUAAUCCAAUCGAGGCAAUUGUAUCUGAGGAUCUAUGGGACACAGGGGGAUGACAAUGAGUUCUACGAAUCCAUCCGACAAUUGUUCCUGUCAUUUAACUCGCUGAUGGACAGACCUCUGGAGGAAUCUGUGAAAAUUAAGGGGGCUGCUCUGAAGUAUCUGCCGACCAUCGUCAACCACGUGAUGCUGGUGUUCGACCCAAGUGAACUCAGUGUCCUCUUUACCAAGUUCAUCCAGAGUAUCCCUGACAACCAGUUAGUGCGGCAAAAGCUGAACUGUAUGUGUAAGGUGGUGGAGAGUGAGCUCUUCAAACUGCCGGAGUGCAGGGAUAUCCUCCUACCCCUCUUCAUCGACCAGCUCAGCGGGCAGCUAGAUGAUAACACCAGCAAACCAGACCACGAGGCCUGUGCCCACUUACUGAGCAGCAUGCUUGAGGUCCUGGACAAGAGUAACAUUGGACCGCGCCAAGCUCACGUCCAGCUGAUCAUGCUGAGGUUGCUGAGGAGGAUUAACCGCACGGUGAUAGGAAUGAACCGGCAGUCCAGCCAGAUCGGCCCUUUCAUCGCCUGCAUGACAACCAUUCUGAACCAAAUGGAGGACAGCCAUUACACACACUAUAUCAACACCUUCAAGACGCGCCAUGACAUCAUAGACUUCCUGAUGGAGACGUUCAUUAUGUUCAAGGAUCUCAUUGGGAAGAAUGUAUAUCCGUCAGAUUGGAUGGUGAUGAAUAUGGUGCAGAACAGGGUUUUUCUGCGUGCCAUUAACCAGUUUGCAGCCGUCCUGAACAAGCUGUUCCUUGACCAAGCAAACUUUGAGUUACAGCUUUGGAACAACUAUUUCCACUUGGCCAUCGCAUUCCUCACUCAGGACUCGCUGCAGCUGGAGAGCUUCUCCACCCAGAAACGCAACAAGAUCGUCAACAAAUAUGGAGACAUGAGGAAAGAAAUCGGUUUCAAAAUCCGAGACAUGUGGUAUAACCUCGGUCCCCACAAGAUAAAGUUCAUCCCCGGGAUGGUGGGGCCGAUCCUGGAGAUGACCCUGGUCCCCGAGCCCGAGCUCAGGAGGGCCACCAUCCCCAUUUUCUUUGACAUGAUGCAGUGCGAGUACAGUGUCAACUGGUCCUUCCACAUGUUCGAGAACGAGCUCAUUACUAAACUGGACCAAGAAGUAGAAGGAGGCAGAGGAGAUGAACAGUACAAACUCCUUCUGGAGAGAACCCUGUUGGAGCACUGCAGAAAGCACAAGUACCUCGCAGCCUCCGGGGAGGCCUUUGUCCUAUUAGUCACCAGUCUGCUGGAAAACCUGCUGGAUUACAGGACCAUCAUGCACGAUGAAAGCAAAGAGAACCAGAUGAGUUGCACUGUCAACGUGCUGACUUUCUACAAAGAAAAGAAACGAGAAGACAUUUACAUCAGGUACCUCUACAAACUGCGGGAUUUGCACCGGGACUGUGAAAACUACACUGAAGCUGCCUACACACUGCUACUGCACGCAGAACUGCUCCAGUGGUCGGACAAGUCCUGUGCUGCAUACCUCAUCCACAGAGAAGAUUACCAAGCACUGACUAACCGGGAACUCAAGGAGAAGCUCUACCAAGAAAUUAUCCAUUACUGUGACAAGGGCAAGAUGUGGGAAAACGCAAUCAAACUGUGCAAAGAGUUGGCGGCGAUGUACGAGAAAGAGAUAUUCGAGUACGAGGAGCUCAGCCAUCUCCUGAAACAACAGGCAAAGUUUUACGAGAAGAUAAUGAAGGCCAUGAGGCCUUUGCCGGAGUACUUUGCAGUCGGCUAUUAUGGCCAGGGCUUCCCCUCCUUUCUACGGAAUCGAAUGUUUAUUUACCGUGGGAAGGAGUAUGAACGAUAUGAGGACUUUCGAUUGAAACUGGCAACCCAAUUCCCAAAUGCUGAGAAGAUGACAAGCACCUCACCACCUAGUGAUGAGCUGAAGACCUCCCCCAAGCAGUAUGUGCAAUGCUUCACUGUGAAGCCAGUCCUUAACCUCCCUUUGAACUACAAGGACAAGCCUGUUCCGGAGCAGAUCCUGAACUUCUAUCGAGCUAACGAGGUUCAGCAGUUCCAGUAUUCACGGCCAUUCAGGAAAGGAGAGAAAGAUCCCGGCAAUGAAUUUGCGACAAUGUGGAUUGAAAGAGUGACGUACACCACAGUGUACAAGUUCCCCGGCAUCCUACAGUGGUUCGAGGUCAAGGCGACUAUGUCUGAGGAGAUCAGCCCCCUGGAAAAUGCCAUUGAAACCAUGGAGAGGACAAACGAAAAGAUUAGCAACAUGGUGCAGCAGUAUGCCUGGGACCGGUCACUCCCCGCUCAUCCUCUCUCCAUGCUCCUCUCCGGAAUAGUCGACGCAGGAGUGAUGGGCGGCUUUGUGAAUUAUGAGAAGGCAUUCUUCAAUUCGAGGUACUUACAAGAACACCCUGAAGACCAGGAAAAAAUAGACACCUUAAAACAGCUCAUCGCCUUGCAGAUUCCGCUGUUGACCGAAGGGAUACGGAUUCACGGAGAGAAAUCCACGGAGGAGCUGAAGCCGCUUCACGCCCGGAUCGCUUCCUGCUUCAAGGAACUGAAGGAGAAGGUCGAGAAGCUCUACGGCGUGAUCACCCUGGCCCCAUCUCUUACUGACAGAAAGCGAAGCAGAUCCGGCUCCAUGGUCCUGCCGUAUAUCAUGUCGUCCACGCUCUGGCGACUCUCCACCAUAUCCGUGGCCUCAUCGGCGGCUUCCAGCUCCUCCACAUCAUCCGACAGCACUUCCUCUAGGCCGGCCUCCAAUGGUUCGGUCUUGGACCCGCUGCUUGAACGCAGGUCGCUGCCGCUCUCUCGAUUGGACGACAGCCUGGACAAGGACGAGUUCGACGGCAAAGUGAAUAAGUCAAGGGCCAAAGAGAAGAACCUCAGUAAAUCUCAGGUCAUCUUUGAAAGAGAGCAGAAGGUCGACCUCUCGCCUGAAAAAGUCUACUUUUCAGAAAUCAUUGCUUCUCAAAGACCGCAGCGGCCAAAGAGUCUUCAGCUCGGUGAUAAGCGUCACCCUUCGUUGCAAAGCUACCCCUCGCAGCUGACACACGCAUCAUUGCAAAGCACGUCGGUGACUGCAGCACGGACGCUGAGUUACCCCACACUGCAGAGUAACCCAGCAGUUACGCCGGACUCAAGUGACACUCCUCCACCUACACCUCCCAAGAGCAAGCCCUAUGAAAAUGGGAGCCAGAGAGAUAGGCCAGAGGCUGCCCCUCGUCUGCCCGAUAAGAGCUCUCCCCGGCCUCCAGCCCCACCUCCGAAAGCGAGGCGAUCGCAGCCCAUCUUUCCCCCCGGAUAUCCCCUCGGGGCCGAAUAGCAGCGACAGCAGGGCACCCCCCCUCCCCACUCUUGCCCAGGCGCAGACGGCAGUGGGUGGGUGGAAGGGCUCACUCCUCCUAGCUUGGCACGGCAGGCUGUUGGACACUCGCCGCCCCCUUGUCUCCGAGUGGCAUCGCCACCCCCCUCUUUGAUAACGUGGAGAAUCCUGACCCAAACCCGGGCCUGGCUGGACGUGAACAGGCGGAUGUAGGCCGGUCUGCUGCCCUUGACUCGUGGCGUUCAACCGGGAGUACCUUCCAUUUGUUGUACAGCUUCCAGUUCCAAGCAAGGCACUGGGGUUUACGGUGGGCUCUUACCCCUCCCCACGAUUUGGCAAAAGCACAGCUUGUGAGCUGCACAGCAAGAUCCCGCUCCCGACCGCUUUGCCCGCCUGGCGUCGGAUGAACCUGGGGCAUUGGCUGAGGUCAGCACUCCGACUUCCAAACGAGACCCCGGCACAGGGACAAUGAGAGACACAAGAAGAGGGGGAGGGGUAGGGGGAGGGGGAUACCCGUCGGUCACAAGGGGCAGGGGUGACAGACAGGAGGAAUGGAUCAGUUGGAAGGUACAGUAAAAACCCACCUUAAUGGCAGUUCAGUGCCUCCCCCACCCAUUGGCCGACAAUACUGCACACUCUCUCUUCAGAUUAAUAUGGAAUGUUUAUAACAAUACACAAUUUAAAUUGUAUAUUAAAUGCAAAAAUAAGAGGGAAAUUAACUUGUUAAUUUAAGAUUCUAAACACUUGAAUGUAAAACUAUUACAGUCGUCAGUUCAUUAUUGAUAAUUAUAUUGAGUUUGUUUCUAAUACACCAUAUCGAUUCUGGUGGCAUUGGAUUCUAGCACAUAGCACCAGGGUCCUGCCCAUCUGGGUCGAGUAUGCAUUGCCAGAACCCUGGUCUCAGUCACACUCCUAGGGGGAGUCUGCAUUCACUCCGAUCCACCUUCAAAAUCAGGAGCUACCUCUUGGCACCCAAUACUCUCUCUGACUCUCUGUGUGCUUAAGGUUUACUUUCCUUUAGCCAGGUAUCUUUUUCCAACUUCGCGAAUCGGGAGAGAAAACCUUCUUCACUACACAUCUAAAAUGUUUUGGCUUUAAUUGCCAGCUCUUGAUGCCACCCCUAGCGCCAACAUGGAAUCCUGUGCUGGAGCUUGGUAACGAGAGUUGUUUGGAGUUUGUAGCCCAGUCAUUGAUGAUUUGCAAAGGUACUAAACCCUUUUUUUGCUUUGAGGUCCAUUACAACACAAGCAUAGGCCCUAUACUUGUUGCAAAAUACAGCUGGCUCUCUUAGACCUGAAUGCAGGUUGGCACUGAUGCAGGGGCUUGAAUCAUGGUGUGAGUUUCCUGGUGGGGGUUGGUGGGGGGGGAGUGAAAACUGUUUUACUCUGCCGCUCUACACUGGUUGACACUAUCAGUUAAGUUGGAAAGCAACCCCAACCCCAAACCAGGUUUAGACAGGACGCCCAGCAACCUCUGAGCUCCAUCCCAGCCCUGCCCGAUCAGCGCUUCUAUUGCCAAGGUGACCCGAAACAGGCUUGGGCCCUCAACACUGUUCCCAUUGGACCAAUCUUCACACAAAAACCAAUCGUAGUUCAGCCCAAAUGGUCAAUCUCGGUGGAGCAUGUCUCGCCUGUUUUAGGAAGGCGAGGGGCUGUGGUGGCAUUCGAGCAUCCUGUUGGGUCCAGCUUGGUCAGAGUCCCAUUCGAGCAUCCUGUUGGGUCCAGCUUGGUCAGAGUCCCAUCAUGCUCUUUUUCAAGGACUUUUUUAAGUGCCAGAUUUCAGCCAAUUACAACAAUUUGUACAACAGGGGGGAAAAGGAGCUGAUUGGUUGGCGAGUCAACUCUGAUUGGCCAAAGUGUUGCUGUGGAGAAAGCAUGAGGGGACUACAGGCUCCUCAAGCCCCCGGGUAAUUCAAAAAAAGGCGCUAGGCUUGAACAUAUUCCUUUUGUUUACAGAGAACGGGUCCCUGCAUAUGAAGGUAUGUCACUUCUAGCAGGUAUAAAUGAGCUGCAUUAUGAGCUCGACUGAUUAUCUUAAAUUGAUUGCUAGUGUCGCUGUCAGUGCACUCAGGAUUGUUCAUCAAGUGCUGCCCCUUUACAGCACCAUUUUCCCCCUGUCAUAUAAAUUGUGACUGUUUGAAAUUUGGCAUUCUUGCAUUUGUCCUAAUGAGAGUAAGAUGGGAAGCUUCAGCAAUACAUCUCCCUUUUCAGCUGUGUCCAAGUUAUGUGCUGUCAAGCAAUUGUUUGACAGAGUAGCAUUUUAAAUACAGGACAGAAAGUCACAUUUUCUCCCUGAGACGGCCCUUGUGGCAAAGUAAAUCUAUUUUCAGUUGCCUACUUGUCUUGACCAAGAGUCAAGAUUUCAGGCCAUCAAGCAGUAUCCAAACUCAGCCCGAUCUAUGCUAAUCCAUCUCCAACAUUCACGCAGGUGACUGAACGGCAAACAUGCAGAAACCCUGGCUGAUGUCUGCCCUCCUCAGAUGAGAAAUGGUCAGAAAGAUUGCACUGCGCUCCCCCCCACCCCAGGUUGUUGCCCUGACUGAGAUCGGCUCGGAUUGAGAUUCGAAACCAACUCGUUCACCAAUUCACAAAUAAUCAUUUGCUGCUACAAAGUCAUAAACUGGAGGGGGAGAGGUGGGUCG